AUGGAAAGCGUGGACGCGGCGCUGCGGUACCUGCAGCGGCAGUUUGCCAGCGUAGCGAGUGAAGAAGCGCAGUGGAACGAAGAGCGUCAGAAGCUGCAGGCGCAGCUGCGGGAGCUCGAGGAACAGCGCGGCGAGCAGGAACAGGCAUACAAAGACGCCAUGGUACGUGUCAAGAUGCUCGAAUUUGCAUUGCGGCAAGAACGCGGUCGGUACUUGGAGUCGCCUGCCGCUGUGCAAACGACCGGAGCUAUGGCCACAAAGCCGCAUGGGGAGAGCGCCGAGGUGUCGCGUGGCGUGACGGUAUCGCGCUCGGUCGAGCGUGUCAAGUCGGGGCGCACAGUCGAGCAGCCGUCGCCUGCGCUGUCGCCUGAGAUCAGUCCAAAAGCUCACAGCAAUAGCGGUGGCAGUAACAGCAGUGUGAAUGGUCGAUUUGAGAGCCGAGACAAGACCGUGACGAGCUCGGGGAGUACCAGUAGUACUGCCCCCGUGCAGGGCAAAGGCAUGGAGAUUUCGCGACCUCGGAUGAUGGGUCGAACCGCAUCGGGACGAGAAGUUGAGCGAGAAGCGAGCAAAGCAGUGGCUGGAUCAGGACGCGACGGUGAGAGGGAAUUCAAUCGAUCGGCGUCAGGACGGGAAGUGGAACGCGUAGAACGAGCAGUUGACGCUGCAAAGCUGGUGAAGCCUGCUGUUAUUACUCAUGCACCGAAAGGGUCAUGUGUGGCGCACAAAUUGAAGCUUAAGCUGUCGGGCCACAUGGACGGAGUGCGAGCACUUGCAUUUCAUCCAACGGAACCGCUGUUGGUGUCGGGUAGCGAAGACUGUACGGUGAAGGUGUGGAAGCUCUCGAAUGUUGGGAAUGGCCCACCAUUGCAGCGAGCAACCGAAGUGGACUCGCUGGUGACCAUGCGGGUCCAUACGCAGAGUGUGCUGGCUCUAGCCGUGUUUAGUGCGGAGACCUACCCGGACUGUUCGCCUGGCCAGAUAGGUGCAUUUGCGUCGGCUGGGCGUGAUGGAACGCUAAACCUGUUCCAGUUACGAAGCACAGACACGGAUAAACCCGAACCGUACACGUGCGAAGAGUAUGGGAGCAUGAAGAUUCAUUCGAUCAAGACUGCACAUGACGAUGCAAUCUGGGACCUACAUGCACACCCGCUGUCGAACACGUUGUUCUCGGCAGGAGCAGACGGUGUGGUCCGGACCUGGGGGGUUGCGUCAGAGCUUACACUGAAGGGCGAACUACGAUGCCCCACUAAGACCAACACAAACGGAACCGGCCCGAGCGUUUCUGGCUUUUUGGUGCCUACGUCAGUACAUUCAAUGCUAACAGAUUCGAAAACAUCCGUUGUCGGAUACACAAAUGGGUCGAUUGCCCAGUUUGACUACGCAGCCGAGCGUGUUAUUCAGCUAACACGAGCGAUCGACGUGGAUAGUGUCGGGCGGGGAGGUCAGGUGAACAAGCUGAUCGCGCAUCCGACCAUGCCGAUUGCAAUUGCGGCCCACCAAGAUAGGAAAAUUCGAAUGUACGACAUGCGGGCCGGCGAGUGCGUCGGCUCUUUAACCGCUCACCAGGACUCGGUUACGUCUCUAUCAAUAGAUGCAGCGGGGCUGUACAUCGCAUCGGGAGGUCACGACGGUUCACUGCGUGUGUGGUCAGUUGCGGAUCGUCACUGUGUCUUUGAGCAAGCCGUGCACCGGCCGAAGAUGGCCGAAGCAAUGCAUGCAGUAAGUUACCAUCCGUCGCGCAAUUACAUCGCCACGGGCGGUGCAGACAGUACAAUAAAGAUCUUCCAGUAA